UGAACAGUGAACCACGGCCGAUAUAGGCAAAGUGAAUACGCUCAACCAAACGAAAAAUAAAAAAAGACGACAACGGACAACGUUGAGUUCAGCGGAAAAUUCAUAUCGAGAGAGAGGAAAAAAACACACAUUCAUUGUUUAAUUAAGAUAAAAAGAAAAUCAACGAAUAACAAAAAAGUGCAACGUUCGCAAUCAUAUAGAUAACUCGUUUAUAUGUAUUUCAUACAUAGUAUAUCGUAAAUUGUCUGAGAUUAAGGCGGAAUUUCUUUGUUUAAGACGGAAUUAAAUUUCGAAUUAAAUCGCAAUUUGUUUUUAUUUCUUCCGACGACACUGAGCCCAAAGGCGAAAUCGAAACAAUAAAAUGGGUAGUGCACCUAGUUCACCGUCGACGCCAGUUCGUGAUAGAAGCGAUGAUCCUUGGUGGCCAAUUGAAAAUCAAAAUUUAGAAUUAAAUCCAAGCGAAAUGGAUAGUGCCAAUAAUAAUUCAUCAAAUACAAAUAGUAUUGAGGGCCAAAGAGCUGAAACCGAGAGCUCUGAACCUUCGAUAAGUACAGUGAAUGAAAUAGAAAUUGUAGAAAAUGAAAAUGUUUCAUCGAAUGAAACGAACGAAAGUGAUGUGUCGGUCAUCGAAUCUAAUUCAAAAGAAAGGCAGCAAAGCCUUGAAGAAUUUAAAGAAGAAUUGCGAAUUAAACGUGAAAUGCGAACAAACGCAAUUAGUGAAUUGCGAAAUGAAAUUAGCAGUCUACGUCAGCAGCUGGCCGAAGAAAAAGAGAUCACAAAACAAUUGAAACACGAUCAUAAUAAAGAAAAUCUUUGCCAAAUUUGUGGCAGCAUAUACAAUUCACUUGAAUGCGAUGUAAAAUCAAAUCUACAAACUCAAAUGAAUAUCGAACGAAAUGGCGAAUCAAAUGAUACAAAUAUUAGACUUCGUACACAGCUGGCUGGGCUUCAAUUUUCCCUUCAAAAUGCAAACGCUGAAAUAUUGACGCUUUCAACUGAAUUGGCGGCCACAAAAAAUCAAGCAAAAUCAUUGAAAGAGGUUAUUGCAGCUAGCAAAGAAAUUAUUGAAAUUCGUGAAACUGAAUUGUCGCAGUUGAAAUCAAAAUUAAAAGAAAUCGAAAAUUCACUGGCCGAACGUGAGUUGCAUGUCAUGUCCGAGAACUUGCGGCAGGAAUAUGAUCGACAGCUCGCAAAUAUACGAAAUUUACGCGCCUUGUAUGAAGAACGAGCUCGCAUAAGUGCAGCCGAAAAGGAAAAUCUAAAUCGUCAAUUGGAAACCAGUCGUGCUGAGCUUAGUUCGGAAAUUGAAAAGAACAAAAAUCUUGAAGAUCACAUCGCAUCGCUUGAUACUGACUUAAAAACAACGACAGUCGAUUUGUAUGCAACGAAAGAGAAGCUCACUUAUUACAAAUCUGAAAAUAGAGGAUUACGCGAUGAGAUGACCGUUGUGAAUCAGCUAUUCGGUCAGCUGUUGUCGGGGUUCAAUGGCAGCAAUAACAUCGAUAUUGAUAAAUUGACUUUGAUGUUGGAGGAAAAUCGCGAUUUAUUAAACGAUAUAACCAGCAAAGAAGAUUCCAAAGAGGGAGCGGCUCAAAUUCCAAAAUUAAUAUUUGACUUGGUAUCACAAUCCGACAAAACUGAAGAAAAUCCAAAUGAUGGUGACGGUGCCACGGCCAUCGAUACAAAUGCUUCAAAAGUGUCGUCAGCCCAAGAAAUUAUUCAUAAUUUGCCAAAAGUAUGGAGAGUUUUGACGGAACUUUUAAACCAUCAACAAUCGAAGCCGGUUGAAUUGAAGGAGAAUAACAAGGGUGAACAUUGUUACAAAUCAGUCGAAACACCAAGUGGACCACAAAUGGUAUUGAGCGUAAGCAAAACAUACAUUCGCUUAAAGGAUUUGAUAAUGGAAAAGAAAUUCUUGCAAAAAGAAACGAAAAAAAUAAAAAAUUUAAAUGCCCACCUCGAGUGCCGUUUGGAUGAACAGGAGCAACGUUUGUCAGCAGUAACAAUUGAAUUGAAUAAAACAUGGAACUUAGUGGGUCGUAUGCAACGUCAACACCGUCAAUUACAUACGCAUGAGCAAGUAUUGCGCUAUCAGUUGCAACAAAAGCGUCGUAUGCUAAGCGAAUUGAAGGAAGAAUUGGAGUAUUGCCGAAAGAAAUGGGCACUGGCCAAAGAAAAGAACAACGAAUCACAAAGUCAAUGGGAAACGCUGCGACUUGAAUUCAGCAAGCGUAAAGAAAAUGAUUUGAAUAUGUCCGGUGAAUCAGGAUACAGCGAUAGUCCAGCAUCUGAAGAUGAUGACGAAGAAGAUAGCAGCGUUUCAAUUGAAAAACCGCGUUGCAGUCGAUUGAAGAAAAAAAUGAAUGUCGAAAAUUUUUUAAAUUGUCCGGAAAAAGAUCGAAAGACAAUUCGUAUCCAUAGUGUAUCGCCUAUACGAAAUGCGAAAGUGAACAUUUCACGUCGAAACAGCGACUCACACUUAACACAAUAUGCCACCGAAGAAUUUCAGUCCACAACGGAUAUAGUGCAACCAAUUGUUACGAUUGUUUGCGCUGAAUGUGGUGAGAAUUGUGUGAAGCACACCGUUCACUUUGAUGCGGAAGAACAAAAAACAAUAAAUCAAGUUAAAGUAUCCGAACCGGUGAUUCAUAGUUUCAGUGCCAAGCAUGAGCUGAGCAAUGCUCAAAAAUUGGUCGAAUCGAAAGCAUCGACAAGUAAAACUGUAAUGAGCUAUGAACUCAGAAAAAGUGCCACGAAAGUGACGCCAAGUAAGAAUGAAGAAUCAUUAGAAGAUAUGUUUUUGAGACUGUCCGGUGCGAAAGAAACAGAAACUGGAAAUCAAUGUAAUGAGACUAAUGACGUUCAAAACAAUCAAAAAAACAAAGUUUGUUCGAACAGUCAACCUGUUAUUGAUUUGCCAUCAACAUCGUCAAUAAAUCAAGAAGAACAAGAACGUAAACGUUUGGCCAGAAUCGAAAGACUGGAAGGACAGUGCAAACAAUUGCUAACACAAGUGACUCGAGCUUCAAACCGUGGCGAUGAUCUGAAAAAACGCAUUAACGAUGCUCAUAGUCGUUAUACACCAACACGCGAAACUACACCAUCAACUGAAAAACCAAUCGAUUCGGAUGAAACUGAACCAUCGACUUCUGAAAUGGAAAAGACACAGACCGAAACCCACUUAAAAUCCGAUGAACAAUGCUUAAGUGCCAACGAAAAAGAAUAUCUUUUGCGACGAGACGAACGUUUGAAGAGACUUGAGGCCGAGUCGCAAGCAUACAUGAAUAAAGUGAAAUCAAUCAAUAAACGUGCAACAGAUGUUGAUACAAAAUUGGAAUUUUUACACGGACGUUAUGGCAAUGAAACUCAAAUUGGAGAAAAUACUAAUGUCGCGGAAGUAUCGUGUGAAUUAUUAUCAAAUCAAAAUGAAACGACUGAAUCAACACAACCAUCAUCAUCAUCCUCAUUUUCGUCAACAUCGCCAUCAUCAUCUUCCGAAAGAGAAAAGAUAGCGUCCAAUGAUGAGCAAUGUUUAAGUGCCGCUGAACAAGAGUGGUGCUCACGUAGAGAUGAACGUUUGAAGCGAAUUGAAGCCGAAACUCAAGCGUAUAUGAAUCAAAUGAAAUCGGUUAAUCGACGAGCAACAGAUGUUGAUACAAAAUUAGAACAUUUGCACAGUCGCCAUGGCAGUAAUACAAAUGCUGCAGAAAAUGCUAACAUUUCGAAUGAAACACAUGAACAUGAGCCGAACCGAGCAGACAAUCAAAAUGAGAGCAAUCAACCAGCCGAAGUCUUACCAACGAAUGGUGACGCAAAUCAAAAUCAAGAGUCAUCCAAUUAAACGUCGUUCGAUUUUAAUUUUUUAUAUCUUUCUUUCAACAAUCAAUUAUAACGGGUUUUCGAAUUGAGUUUAUAGCCGAUAAAAAUCGAAUUUGAGUUCUCUUUUUUUAUAUUUCAAAUAAAAUGAAUGUUGUGUGAAAAUUGUA